AUGAGCUCCAAAGAAGACGUAAAGGGCUCGUCGGUAGAAGAACGAAGACGAAGCCCACUGGAUCAUCUUCCUCCGCCUGCGAACUCCAACAAACCACUCACUCCCUUCAGUAUAGAGGAUAUUCUGAACAAACCGUCAGUUAAACGAAGUUAUACGAUUUGCGGGACAGCGCACCUGAUUUCAUCCACUGAAAAGCUUUCUCCGGCGGGUCUUACCUUGUCGAAUCGAGCACUUCUCAGCCAGACUUCACCGCUUUGCGCCCUGGAAGAAUUAGCCAGCAAAACAUUUAAAGGUCUUGAAGUGAGUGUUCUCCAGGCGGCCGAAGGGCGGGACGGAAUUACACUAUUUGGCCAGCGGAACACUCCGAAAAAGCGAAGGAAGUCCCGGACAGCGUUCACCAAUCACCAGAUCUAUGAACUGGAGAAAAGGUUUCUGUAUCAGAAGUAUCUGUCUCCCGCGGAUAGAGAUCAAAUCGCCCAACAACUGGGACUGACGAACGCCCAAGUUAUCACCUGGUUUCAAAACCGCAGAGCCAAACUCAAAAGGGACUUGGAAGAAAUGAAAGCGGACGUGGAGUCGGCCAAAUCGGUUGGUCCGGUAUCUUAUGAAAAAAUGGCUAAAUUGGCAGACCUCGAGAGAUGCGCAGCUGGAGGACUCGACAAUUCAAGAGCGAUGUCCCCGGCGCUGUCUAACCACGAGCACGACAUUUCAAGCCAACACCUUUCUCCUUCAUCCCCCUUUACCGACCAAACAACGAGUAAAGAAUGUUCGGAAGACGAAGACGUGGAAAUUGACGUAGAUGACUGA